AUGGACCUCUCUGUUUUGCCAAAUAACAACCAUCCUGACAAAUUCCUGCAGCUCGAUGUGAAGUCUUUCAUGAGGAGCUCAGCAAUUCUUCAGGGCAGCCUGGUGAGGUUUCCAGGGGGGAGUUACCUACCCACCCAACGCUGGCAAAACCUUGUGUAUUCGCAGAGAGAAAAGACCAUCACUGCUCAGCAAAUGAGGCGAUCCAAUGCAGAGGGUGCUGUUGCUGUGGAUCAUCCUCCACCAUCCUUGUCAUCAGUUCUGAAGAAUAACCCACUCUAUGGUGACAUAGGUUUGGAGGAAGCUAUGGAAGAAAGAAAAAAGAAUCCCUCAUGGACCGCUGAGGAAUAUGACAGGCAUUCCCUGCACACAAACCUUUCUGGGCAUCUGAAGGAAAACCCUAAUGACCUACGGUUUUGGUUGGGAGACAUGUACACACCCGGUUUUGACACCUUAUUGAAAAAGGAAGAGGAACAAGAAAAGCAUUCAAAAUAUUGUCGUGUAGGUCUGAUUUUGCUCCUUGUUGCCUGCAUCUUGGUUUUCAUUGUGACAGUUAGCACAUUUUUCACCUGA